AGCUUUUCUGCUUAUGCCUAGAGGGGUACGUUCCAGCAAAUUUGGACGUUCUGCCCGAACCUAACUUUUUAGAAUGGAGACCUUGAGCUACCAGAAGACCUUCCUGGACAUGAACAUCUCUCAGGAAGACUCACAUCGCAGCCUGAGCGUUCCACCUCGAGCCAAGACGACCAUGAUGAGGCACGAGGAUCUCGAGAAGCACAGGGCUGACUAUGCCACUUCGUUGUUGGCUCGAGCAGCCGAAACCUUCUCUUGGCCUGUGACUCAAACGGAGACUCUGGGUAGCCACGGGCAUCCUGAGAUUUGCGGCAAUCCCUGCAUCCGAUUCUUUUACGGGAACUGCCAGAAGGGUGUGAACUGCCAGUUCUGCCACUUGGAGCACGACACCACCAAGAAGAAGCUGGACAAAACACAGCGGCUGUGCUUCGAGUCCUUGUCCGAGGCGCAGACACUGUCAAUGCUGCUCAACCACAUGGAGAUGCGAUGCCGGAAGCAAAAUCUCACCGCACAGAUGAGCCUGGUCUUGGCCUGCAUGCGCAGGCGUUUGAAGGCACUUCCAAAGCACGCGCAUGUGACACCUGAGAUGGUGGCAAUUUUGUCAACGAUCUUCAAGAAGCUCACCCUGGGGCGCUUGCUGGACCUCAUUAGGUCAAGCCGCAAUGUCUCCAACGCCUUUAAAGCUGAGCUUUUGGCCGUUGCGGCGCGCGCGGUGGGACGGCCCAUCCCUGCGGCCGGUGAAGCAACGAGCGAGAACUCGCUGUGAGAACUGCGGGGGGUUGAAGGCGCCGGAGCACGGGGGGGUUGUUAUUAUGGA